AGGCGAAUUAUUUCGCGACUGCGGAGCAUGGUGGUACACAUCUAGACGCACCUGCUCAUUUCUACGAGAACAGAUCCAGGACUCAUCAAAUUCCUAUGGCAAAACUUGUGGGAUGGGGAGUGAUUAUCAAUGUUAAGGCAAAAGCUUCACAGAAUCUCGACUACCGUGUCACCGUUGACGACCUUCAAAACUGGGAGGCGCAGUACGGCCGCAUUCCCAACGGGGCUGUUGUCGUCAUGAACUCGGGGUGGCACCAUAAAUACCCGAACAAGACCGAAGUUUUCGGGACCGAGUCUACGACCGAUCCAACAACAUUCCAUUUCCCGGGAUUCCAUGAGAAUGCCGCCGAAUGGCUGGUACAAAAUAGAAAUAUUCACGUGAUUGGCGUUGACACGCCCUCCACUGAUUAUGGCCAAUCAAAGACAUUUCCGGUUCAUGUGAUUCUAGGGCGUGCGAAUAUUCCAGGCCUUGAAAAUGUCGCAAAUUUAGAUGCCAUCCCGGAGUUUGGUUCCCUCAUUUCAGUAGCUGUAAUCAAACUUCAAGACGGAAGCGGGGGUCCUACAAGAGUGUUUGCCACGUUGCCACCAACCAAUGAUUGCUUCAUGAGUACAUAUCUCAACAUUGGACUGACAUUUAUUGCGUUGGUAAUUAGCAUGUUUCUCACAGCAGAUUAACGUUCUAGACUAAAAGUGUGUGCAGUGUACGGAGUUGUGUGAACAACACAAAUAUAACGUUUACAUGUUCACGUUAGGGACAUAUCCAUGUUAUGUAAUGCAUUUUUUGUUAUUAAGGUAGACUUUGUUUGCAAAGAUUGCAGUUA